GUUCACAUAAUUUGACAGCUCUGCCAAAGAGUGAUAAGUAAACCGCCAAACCAUGAAUAAAAGCAAAGCAGUUACGUUCUUGCGCGAGCGUAUAUGUGUUGAGUGUGUGCAAGUGUGUGAGAGAGUGAGAGAGCGCAUACGUCUAUGCGCUGGUGUUUUGUUCUGUGUGCUGCUGCCGAGACUUCCUCUGUUGGCUUAAGUCCUAUCUGCCUUUCGUAUACGAACAGAGAACAGAACAAUUUCAACACGAGCGGCUGCUGGACGUGUGCGAAAGUAAAGCGCAUAGAGUGCGAAACGCAAGCGAGAAAAUAUAGAGAAAGGCUAAAGCGGGACAUACACACAAACACUGAAGCACCCAAUGAACACACACACACACACACACAAGUAGAAAUUAAUGAUACACAAAUAAGUUGAAUACGAAAACGCUAAAAAUUGAAAAGCCUAACUCAAUAAGAGUUAGUUCUAGUAACGCUUGUUGUUUGGAUUGUGCGUAAAAACGUUUUGCGAUUUUGUGCAACAAUAAAGUAGGUUAAAUACGAAAGCUCAUCGAAAAUUAAUUCUUUGGAGGUCGCUCGUAAAAGCGUUAUUUAGUAGUGAAAAAAGCGUUGCAGACGUCGGCUGCAUGUGUGUAUGCGGCGGGGCAGCAGUGAAAAAAUGCAGUGCAGCAGCAAAAACAAAAACGAAGCAAAGCAAAUGGCUUGAUAGGCGACUAAAAAUAUACAAAUUUCAAUUCAAUUGAAAAAUAACCAAAAGCGAACGUGAUAUUUUAUACCUGUGGCCUGUUUUUAAUCAAAGCCAAGCACACACUCACACGGACACACACGGAAACACUAGAACACACAUACACACGCGACACACACGAAUACACACGCAAACUAUAUAGCAAUAUAUGCCCAUUGAGUGCCUUAUAUCAUUUGAUAAUAAUCCACAAGGUGUCUACUAUGCCGGACAGGAGCUAUCUGGCGUUGUUGAUCUUAGCGUCGAUGCCACCAAGCGCAUUAAAGGCAUUCAUGUCACCGUCAGCGGUUAUGCCAAGAUACGCUGGAUAAAAAAGGGAUAUCCGCGGGACAGCGAACGCGCCAUGUGCCGUGCCUAUCGAUCGUAUCUGUCAUCGAGAUCGUAUGUCCUUGGCUCGUGUGCGGGCAACUCGUGCAUCGAUUGGCUGGCCGGCGAAUAUUCGUACACGUUUCAUGUCAUACUGCCCGACAAUCUGCCCACAUCCUUUGAUGGCAAAUAUGGCCAGAUACAUUAUGAGAUCAUAACGACGAUCGAACGAUCGGGUCGCUACCCGAAAGUGUUUAAGCUGCCAUUUACCGUGAUACAACCGUUGGAUCUGAAUGCAGAUGCUAUAUACAGGGUGCCGCUGGAGAUACUCGAUCGCAAGCGCUUCUGGAGCUUUUGCUGCCCAACCGGGCCACUGACGGUCAAAUUUUCAACACCUUAUUGCGGCUAUGCACCCGGCCAGAAGAUACAUUUUGUGCUGUACAUCAACAACGAGUCGUCGAUCGAUAUAACCGAAUGCGAAGUUAAGCUGAAGCAGGAGGUUAGCUAUGAAUCGCACGAUCCCCAGCACGAAUAUCGCUAUGAUAAGCAUCUGAUAGCUUUGAAGCAGUUCGGCAACGUGUUGCGCUGGUCGAGAAAAGUCUACAGGGGCUAUUUGGAUCUGCCCUCGAUACCGCCGACAUCGGUGAAGCCGACCUGCCCCAUUAGCGUUAACUAUUCAAUUAAGAUUAUUGUGAAUCCAACCGAAUUCCAUUGGAAGCUGAAACUCAAAAUACCGCUGACCAUCGGCAGUAUACCCAUCAUGGAUGGACCCGAUGCCCUGUUACGUUUCAAUCGACGGCAGCAGCAGCAUCAAGUGGUUAGCCAAAAUUUUCAAAUGUCAACGCAGCAGAACCAAAGGCAACGGCCACAGCAGCGAAGCCAACCAAACAGCAGCAGCAACAACAGCAGCAGCAGCAACAACAACAACAACAACAACAACAGCAACAAUCAGGCAACACAGGCCAUGCUACGCUCGGGUGCAACACUGCCGGCCCAAACAAGUCCCUCAUCAACGCCAACGACUGCCGCCCUGAGGCCCAUGGCCGCAAUGCCAGCAAUAUUAGUAACCAGCGAUAGCGAUAGUCCCCCAGAUUAUAUACCCAUGAUGCCGCCCUCGUAUGAAGAUGCCAUGGCGCUGAGCGAAAAAUUUAGCGACGAUAUUGAAUUCCUGACUAAUGUUAGCAUGAGCAGCAUUAUGUCCGCUCAGGGCGAUGUAACAAGUGAGCGUGAGCCCUUUAAACCGCGUUACCCGGUCUAUUACGAUUAUGAGACACCGACCAUACCGCCCGAGACACUCUACAGUGAAACCUCGAAUACACAAUUUCGCUGUGGAGUGCAGCAGGAAGGGGUCUUGGCAACGGAUGCAAAUGGAGCAAAUACCCAAGGAACUGCUGAGCCAAUGAACUAUGAGAAGAAAUAAUUGAAGAACACCAACAACAACAAACAUAUUUAAUCGAAAAUCAAAAAUAAUCUCGGAAGCACAUUCAAAAUUCAUGGCGCGAAUAUAGUUUUUAAGUCUGAUCUGAUGAAAUUCGUUUAACAGCAUAAUACAAAAGAUAUUUUUGCAAAAUAACAGCAUUACUCAUGUAUUGCGCGCAUAAAUUAAUCGUAAUCUAUUUAACUUACAUAUGUAAAAUCUAUUUAAAACUAUUGUUUAUUAUUUUAAUAUUUGUUUAUUUCAAAAUGAUUUGUACAUUUUUUGAGUAACUUCCUUCCUAACUUUAGCUUUAAGGGAAUCAUCUUGAAUCAUAUUCAAAAUUAAUUUAAAUUUAUUUUCUAUAUUAUGGCUGAAACUUUAGGAAAGAAAAAUAAUUAAUAAUUGUAUGGCAUCAUACGAUAAAAAAAUAAUCACCGUAGUUAAACCCUACUUAGACAAACUUUUAGGCUUAAGCAAAGUAUAUAACAAUUUGCACAAUUUUACCAAGAAAAACAGCAACAACUUAACAUUUUCAAUGUUUAUAAUGACUAAGAAAAAUUUUACACAACACUUCAAUUUACUGAAUAAAAAAUUAUAUUUCAA